AUGAUUGUAUUAUUUAUAAUAUUUAUUUGUUCUACAAAAGUUUAUAUAUCACCAUUCUCAGAUGACUCUAAAGCAUUAUCCUUUACUAAACUUAAUAGCGGAAAUAAUGUAUUUGACUUUCAAAGUGUAAAAAGAAAAGAUAUGACUGGUCUUUAUUGUCUAUCGCCUAUAAUUGUACCAAUUUCACUUGUGGAUUAUAGAAUUUAUUUUUGUGGAGAAUUAAUGUGUUUUAACAAUAAUGUCUUGACAGUGUGCGAAAAUCCUAAUAAAAAAUCUUUAUUUAAAUUACAAAAAUCGAAAGAAUACUUUAUGAUUGUAAAAGACGGAAUGUGUUUACAUUAUUUUAAGGGAAAUAUUUUUUUAAGAGAAUGUGAUGACGAAUUUGCUGAAAAGCAGCUUUUUAAAAUAACACCAGUACAAAUACCCUUUAGUGAUAAUCAAGAUAUUGAUUACGAAAAAAGAAAUAGUUUAGGGGGUAUAAGAGAAAUAGAAUUUGAUCAGGCAAUGCGAAGUUUUUCACAAAUCCAUCAUAGUGAGUUCAUAGAGGAAGUACUUUUUUUUAAUGAUAAGAGAGGUAACAUACUUAGAAAUACAUAA